AGCACCCAACUCGUCCCCUCAACACCCCCCCCCCCCACACCCCCAUUAUCUCCGCUUUCGGCAAUUUGUCCUUAUCCCCGGAAUCUCGUUCCUGCCAAACAUGAUCUGACGAUUCCAUCUGACUCCUCGUUGCAACGGCGACACCCCUGUGCAUAGCCAACCACUGCCCCCGCCGGCCCCAAUGAGAGUCACCGUUGCAGCGCUUCGCGCGCGGAUCGACAAUGAGACCCCAGAGAUCGCCUCUGAGGUCCACACGAGCACACCCCUCUCACGAUACGUCUCUGCACCGGCGCAUCGAUCACCCUCCAUCGUUCCACAAGCUCCAACCACCGGCUCAUCUCGCAGAGGAUCCUCCCAUGCGACGUCUCCGCGCAACACGCAUCCCGCCAUACCCACCUACGAUGAGGCCCUCGCGGCAUUCCCAGAUGCAAGCCAGGACGUCCCACCUGGUCCUUCAUUGACCCUAUCAGCGUAUCACGGGACGGAUGGACCUUCAUUGGCCGGCAUCACGACGUCAGCAGUGGAGGAGGAGGAGGAGGAGGACGAUGACGAUCCGCUGAUCCCACGACUGUUACGCGCUCCCCCCGAGAGGACACUCCGACCGUUGAGACGUCUCACCGAACCAAUCUUGACGAGCCGAGCGCCGUCCCCGGUGCCAGACGACGCCCCCUCCGCCUCCCCCUCCUUGCCCCCCUCCCAGCUCGACCCAUUAACCCCCGCCCACGCGUUGGAACUCCCAGCGCCCCCUGCCGACGCUCUCCCGUCCUACUCUGCCCAUCUCGCCCGUGACGAACUUCGACUCAUCUCCACCGUCCACCUCGACCAAAAUCACCCCGCGGCGGCGUUCUUCAGUGCCAUGACGGCCUCGGCGAUCACUGCGAACCCCUUGGCGUCUCCUCCUCCAGCCACCGAUGAACUUGAGACGGGGGGCAAAAAGCUCAAAGUGACCAUCUCAUGUGGCGGAGAGUCGAUGAAUGGAUCGGGACGAGUGUUUGUGCGGAUGGGCCGAGGCGGAGUGGUCGAAGGCAAGAUUCACGUCGGCAGGGUCGAUCAUGCCACGGGCUUGGAGAUUUCGAUCAUCGGUCUCGUCAAUACCAGCUACUACGUUCGUGGACAGUACACACUGAUCGAUACGUUGCCCCUGGCACGCCGGCAGCUUCAACUGUACCCACCGCCUGAUCCGAAUGAACCGUCGGCGGGGGGAGGCGACGCGGCGGGCACAACCUCUGACGCUACACCUGGCGCUACACAUACCGCUGAUACGGCGACGCCUGGUCCCUCCUCCCCCCCUGUUGCCCCCUCCCCCCUGUUCCACCCGGCCCCGCCCACCCCCCGCACAUCUAACCGCCCGAUCUCCCCCCAUGCCCCGUACACGGUCACUGGCGACGGCGCCCGAGGUGCCAUGGUCUCACCCGGGAUACCCAACGACGCCUCCGCUGAUCGCUCCAACCCGGUGAAAAACUUUGACUUUCGACACUUUAAAAAGCUCGAACCGGUCUACGAAGACAUGGUCCCGCAAAACUCUGCAUUCACCUUUUCCCUCCGCAUGCCAGAGACAUACUACAGGGACGAUCAGGUCCCCCUCCCUCCCUCCGCUCAGAUCUUCCAAGUCGGCAUGCAGUGCAGCGUCGAGUACUUUCUGAGGAUCAAAUUGACGCGAAAGAGCUGGCGACUGAACGAGGCCAUCGGCAUCCCCAUCAUCUACGAACCCAGAGCGUUUGUCACACCCCGCCGUCUACGCGCUUUGACGACGGACGACGCGCUGAACCCUGGUUGGCGCAGCAUCCGACUCCAUGGUGGAGCACCCAGCAGAAACACCGACCAGACCGCCGCUCCCCGACCCGGGGUCGAAGUCACGUUGCUCCUGCCCUCCCCACCCAUCCUUUUCAUUCCCGCUGACCAGCCUCCCCCGCCCAUCCCCUUCCACCUGCACUUCCAUUCCGCCUCGACCUUGCCCCUUGCCACGUUCUCUGAUCCCAACCAGUGCCAUUUCAUCGUCCGGCUGAUGCGCGUCGCUUCCAUGCGGAUAGGCUCAGAGAGAGAAAUGAGACGGAUGGAGAUACCGUCCAAAGUGGAGAUAUGGCAGGAAGGUGGACCACAUAUGACGCUUGGACCCGAGUCGAGACCUCAAGCGCAUGGCUUGACGGGAUCGGCGACGUCCAAUUUGGGCAUGCCCGCGAGGCCUCCAGAGCCUCAAGCUGCGGAUACAGGGUCCGUGACGCCGGCGCCCGCAAUUACGUCGGCACCCACGCCCGCGCUGACGCCCACUCGACCGUCCAGCCGACGUCGAUCGUUUUCCGAACGUGCCUCCUUCCUUCGACGGCGAUCGUCGUCGACCUCGGCGACGGCACCGACGGCAGCUCCAGCACCCUCGACCACCGCGCCGUCGCCCUCGCCCUCGGCCGCUAUCGCGCCCUCGGCCUCGACCGUUGCCACCAUCGCGGAAGAGCCCCCUUCCUCACCCACCCUCGAGCCCGAGCCCGAAUCCAUCUCCUCCCAUCUCCCCAACGGUGUACCCUCCGCCCAACCCCUCGGGGACGAAGUGGUCGGCUCCGAAUCGGUCUUGACACCGCUACCCCUUGGCGCGACCGAUGUCCAUCUCCUCGGUCAAUUGACCUUGAACUUGCCUGAGACUGGGCCGAUCUUGCUCCGUACGCUCGUUCAAAGCUUCAUGACGCCUGAAAUCGGCGUCACCUAUGUUCUCGAAGUGGGCCUGCAACCCAAAUCAGGCGCCGUCAAGGAAGCGUUCACGCAUGUCUGGGGAGGAGGAUUGAUAGAAGUGGUCUUGGGACCUCGGUCUGAGGGCGAUAGGAGUAUGCGGACGGGCAUGGUUCCGAUUGUCGUAGGGUAGAUGCUUAUGCAUGGACGUCUGCCGAGGGUGUGGUCGACGUUGUCGGCGAUAACAUAAUAGAGCUGUAAAGUCCGAUAACUCCUGUGGCGCCACACUG